UGGGUUUGUCAGAGUUGAUUGCUUGUGUUUUCAAGUACUGGAUGAAUGCAUGACCUCUUGAAUAACGUUUUCAAGACAGGAUUUAAUAUUUUUGCGCAUUUUAGAGGGGACUGCAGUGCAAUCUAGAUUUUAAUUUGCUUUCGGAAUGAAACGUUUCCCUUUCGCAAUGCGUGGGUUAAGAAACUGAAGAAGUCCUUCCGAAGCGCAAUUCCACAGAGUAUCGUGACAUUCAUUCCUCUCAAACAUAUAUUGUGUGAUUUCCAGCACAUCAGCCGAGUUAAACAUUCUUUUUCGAAGAAGGUGUCUCAGUGAGUCAAUACUGCUAGAGCCAAUUGCCCUUAGCUGCCUCAAUCCUGGCAUAGGUUCAACAAAAGGGAGAACCAGACGGUAGAUGUACACAGGCCCAGCUCCUCCAUCACCAUGAGCACAGAAGGCGAGAUUACCAUCUCAGAAGCAGUUGUAAAUGGGCUAUCGUCACCCCCCACUGUUCAUGAGCAGGAGAGGGCCGUGGAAGGCCCUUUGCGUGCACGUGCUAUCUCUGCCGUUAAAAUAAUCCCAGUGAAGAAGGUGAAAAGCUCUCCUGACCUAAUGCGGGUGACAGAAACAGAUCCUUCCAAAGUGUGCUCAGGGAAAGGCGCUGUGACUCUCCGAGCUUCCAGUGCGCACGGUGACCUACAGACAAGCAGUAGCCCUCAGCCAGGCUCAGAGAUCCAUGAUGCCCCACAGAGUCCUGAGCCAAAAGACCCAGGAACAGAUGGUUGGAAAACUCAGUCCUUUGCUGACCCUAAUGGAGAUACCAGCACUUCCUUGGCUGCUAAGGGCUAUCGCAGUGUCAGACCUAAUCUGCUUUCAGACAGCAAGACACAGUCACAGAAAAUACCCCCUGUUCCACCUCUCCCGAAAGAACAGAGCUUUGCAUGGCGUUUCACACCUAUUCAGGGAGUCUCUCACCUUAACCCUGCGUCAGCUACAGACCGCUUGUAUAUGAGCUACCCAAAACCUUUUGUGCCUACAGCGCCUUCUUCUGGCAGCAGUGGGCAGUGUUUUUCCCAGUCACAGGUCCCAACACCCAAUGAGCGCUCUGUGUCUUUAGCUCCUCAAGCAAUGUCACUGGCCACCACAAAGAGCAGUCCCUCUGUGUUACAAAUGCAUGCUGGCCAGACCACAGGACAAGCUACACCUACCCAGUCAGCCACACAGGCAGAAAGUGUUUCAGGGAAGACAGCAGAGAAAAAAAUCAGCAGUCUUUACGUGGCUUGUUUAUCUAACAGCACAUGCUCACCUGCACCUAAGUCUCCAGUAAGUGUGCCCAUAGCAGUGCAAGUCUUCCCUGAGUCCUCCACAUGCUCAGAGCCUUCUGCCACUGCUGUGUGCCACCGCACGGAUGACAGCCAGUCACCCCCACCUCCUAUCCCCCCAAGACCUUUCUACCCAAAAGGCCCAGGGAGCUUCAGCCCUCAAAGAGAACCCUUCAAGACCAACCAUCCGUCGCUACCAGACCACGGUGGUGUUGCCAAAGUAGAUAAUCACGGCAUAAAAUGGCCGGGGAUGUUCUGGUCAGAUGGGCCCUCGCAGUCCACACGAGCAAAGGGAUCCAGCAUGGACGAUUCUCCUUUCCUUGUUCUGCCUGAAGUCCAACUAGUACCCUUGGACCAGGCUGGGAGUGCUGCACGACGAAAGGGCAGCCCAUGCCCUCCACUGCCACCUCUUGUCCCCGCUGGCCAGGACAGCACCUUUCUCGAACCUGCUGGAGCACUGACCUUGCCAACACUGGACGAUUUUAUACCUCCUCACCUGCAGAGGGGAGCAGCUCGCGUCGCACCUCCUGUUAUCGACACCCCUUCCCCGACUAACCUGCCACCUUCACCUCCAGCCCUCCCAUCGGCACCGUCCCCGGCUCCCCUCCCCGUACAGGCCACUGAGCCUGCCACCACUCCUGUCAUCUGCUCCGGAGCACCUACAGUGUCGCAGCCUGUGAGCACCGACGUCUCUCCGCCCGCUCCCCAGUCCGAUCCACACAGCUUUUUUCCAUCAGCAGGCAGGCCCUCCUCUGGCUAUCCUUCCACUACAAUUGUCAACCCAACAAUAGUGCUUUUACAGCACAACCGAGAGCAACAAAAGCGCCUUAGUAGUUUGUCAGAUCCUGUGCCAGAGAAGGCAACUAGUCCCAAGGAGGGGAGUACAGUUUUGCAGGAGAGGGAACUUGCUGAAUACCCCCAAAGUGGAAAUACAGAGAUGGAUGGCAGAAGGAUGAAGCUUGUCAGGUCUCCACAAAAUGUUGGAAUUGGUCCUGUGGAUGAAAUUGGCAUUCCUCUGCGGAAUACUGAGAGGUCCAAGGAUUGGUAUAAAACAAUGUUCAAACAGAUCCACAAAGUCAAAGAAUCUCCUGAAGAAAACCCUUACUAUCCUACCUACAAAUUCCCAGAGCCUACCGAAAAGCCGAUCAAAGUAGAAGAGGAAAACCCUUAUGCCCCUACCUACCAGUUUCCAGAGUCAACUCCUAGUUCAAAGUCAGAAGUGGAGACCCCUUACAUCCCAACCUAUGUUUUCUCAGAGAUUGCUAAAAGGCACUGUUCUGAAGAUGAUGAUUCUGAUUCAAAUUCUCCAAGUCAGUCAUAUUCAGAAGAUAUGAGAAGUCAGAGUUGUGUGCCACGAUCAAAAAGUGCAGGAGACAGUAUUGACACUGAAUUGGGAGUGAAAAGGUCAGCAACAGUGCCCCUGCCACCACGCACCUCCUCUCUCAAGCCCUCAUCCGAAAGGAAUGAUUGGGAACCCCCGGACAAGAAGGUUGACACCAGGAAAUACCGUGCUGAACCCAAGAGCAUCUUCGAGUAUGAGCCAGGAAAAUCCUCAGUGCUGAAGCAAGAGAAAACGACUCGGGAUAUAAGCCCAGAAGAAGUAGAUUUAGAGAAUGAGCCUUGGUAUAAAUUCUUUUCAGAGAUGGAGUUCGGAAAACCGCCUCCAAAAAAGAUCUGGGACUAUACUCCAGGGGAUUGCUCUAUUCUUUCUCUGGAGGAUAGGAAGGACCUGCUAGAGAAAGAUCUCUACCGCUACCAAGCCGAGUUAGAGGCAGAUAUAGAAAACAUGGAGAAGCUUUACAAAGCGCAGGAUAAAAGACUGUGGAAGAGUGCCCCUUUCAACCCCUUGGAAACUCCAGACGAUCUCCAGCAAUACUCAAUGUAUACACCCAACUACCAUGUUGUGAGAAAAGACAGUGAGCUGGCAGCUAGUGAGUCUGGAGGCUCUGAAAGUGAACGUCUCAUUUACAAGAGUGUCCUGGAAGGUGGUGAUAUCCCAUUGCAAGGUCUGAGUGGUCUAAGCAAGCGUCCUUCCAGCUCCUCUUCCACAAAAGUGGAUCAUAAAGGUGGGAAUGCUUACAUCAUUUCACCUUCUUCUUCUGUAAAUAGCAGAUCAGUUAUUGCUAGUAAUGCGCUAGUUUAUAAAUGUAAGCAUAAGAAGCCAUUGUCAGCCGCCAAAGCCUGCAUUUCUGAAAUCCUCCCCUCCAAAUUCAAGCCGAAACUGGUGCCUUCUGGCAGUGGGUAUCAAGAGAGGGAAGUACCUGCUGUGACACACCCCAAAGCUCACAGCUGCGAAGACCUUCAUGAUGGCAGCUCCUUCUUUGACAGCAAGAGGGCAGUACCGAGAGAGGUGAGGCAGAGUGCGGAUUCCCUGCUGCUUCAGGAAGGAAGUACAAUCGGGAGGCGGGAAGGCAGCACCACCAGCCUUCAAGAGUACAGCUGCCAGAAAAGUGCCAUCCCUCCGCGGAAGAGCAGCCCUGAGUUUGCUGCCAUGUACAAAAACAUGCACUACGUCCACCGCCCGAGGUCGCAGGGUUCCAGUCCUGGGGGGAGCGUGCGCAGCCUGGCCUCACAGUUCGAGAGAGAACACAAUGGGUAUGGAGAGCCAGGAGAAGGGGAAGGCCUUGAGCGUGUCCCCCGUCACACUGUGUCCUCCAGGGUUACAGAGUUUGAGCAGAUAAUCCAGCGCUCAUGCUCCCUGCCCACUUUAGACAGUACCUACAAUGCUCAGAGCCCUGGCCAGUCCCGUAUGGCUUCAGCUUUCUCAGCUGAGUCUUUGCUUACAGAGCCCCCAAAGAGGGAAAAGGAGGAGACAGAGAGGAAGGAAGAGGUAAAGAUAAUGGUAAAAGGAGCUUGUCUCUCAGAGAGUGAGGUAGCAGAAGAGCUAGCUUCUUCAGAGUUCAGUGACAUGGUACCAGUGGACUCCCUCUCCACUGGCACUGAAACAGAGAUUGACCGACUUUCUAAUGCCUCUGCGGAGAGCUCUGCUAGCAGUAGCAUCUUUCCUACCCACCACCACAAACCCAGCAAAUGCAAAGGGGCCUGCCCUGCCUCUUACACCAGGUUUACCACCAUCCGCAGGCAUGAGAAGCAACAGGCCAAAGUCCAGGCUAAGCUAAGCACCCAAGAAAACAAGAAUGUCUUCCCCAGAAACCUCUUUCUCAUGGGCCCCAUGCCCUUCCGGUUGAAGAAGCCACUGCAACAGCAGGAAGUGAAAAGAACCACGGCUGUGACUGUCACACGGAACCCACCUAACAGCCUGAAAGUAGACCAAGUGGAUCACGGUACCCUGCAGGGUGUGUUGACAGAAGGCAAACCCAUCAUCCCACAGCGACAGUCCUCCUUGGAGGCAGUAGAGAGACUAAGUGCUGGAGACACACACCAAGAAGGCUCGCUUUCUUCCCCCAAUGGGUGCUAUGAUGGUGUCUCUAAUGGCAACAGUUGUUCGUUUGCUCUGGAUGGCUUGGAUCCCAACAACAAUCCGCAACAGCUGGUGAUGGGAGCAUACCUCAGAGUAGACUCUGAUUCUCCGCGCCAUUUUGCUCCUAUGGAGCAUUCAGAAUAUCCAGAAGACCUUGUCCGCAGACGCUAUGAUGACAAAGAGAAACUGUUAGAGGAGCAAAGAAGACUUAAGCGCGAACAAGAGGAGGCUGAUAUUGCAUCUAGACGACACACUGGACUCUUUCUAACUCACCAUCAGUUUAUCACUAAUGACCGAUUUGGAGACCUCCUUAACGUUGAUGAUGCAGAUAAGAGGAAAUCUGGGUCCGAGGUCUGUUCCACUCACCUCAAUCCGCUGCUUGACCCAAAGCAAGAUUUGCCUCCCACAUUAUGUAAUGCUAUGUCACCAGCUCGUGCCAGAUUUGACUUUAAAGCUCAGACACUGAAGGAACUGCCUUUCCAAAAAGGAGACAUUGUCUACAUCUAUCGUCAGAUUGAUCAGAACUGGUAUGAAGGAGAGCAUCAUGGAAGAGUGGGGAUCUUUCCCCGCACUUAUGUGGAGAUCCUGCCACCAACAGAGAAGGCCCAGCCCAAAAAGUCAGCCCCAGUCCAGGUUCUGGAGUAUGGAGAGGCCCUGGCUAGGUUUAACUUCACAGGGGACACAAUUGUUGAAAUGUCCUUCAGGAAGGGAGAGAGAAUCACACUGAUCCGCAGGGUGGAUGAGAACUGGUAUGAGGGCAAAGUCUCAGGCACCAGUCGGCAGGGAAUCUUCCCAGUCACCUAUGUGGAGGUUCUCAAACGGCCUCGUGUUAAGAACGGAGUGGAUUACCCAGACCCCCCAGUGAGCCAGUCUCCCAAUCGCAGCCACACUGCAUCACCGCAGUGUGGCCACAACCGGCUGCUCUCUCCCACCCCUCCCCUGCGACGCGCCAUCUCCCCUGAGGUGCAGGCCAUCACCUCUGAGUGGAUCUCCCUCACAGUGGGCCUGCCCCGCAGUGGCACCCCUGCUGCCACUCCCCCUCUCCCACCCCUGCCUGAGGGCUUCUACUCCUGUGGGGACUAUAUCUCUCCCUCCGCGGCCACCAGCCCAGUCCCUCCAGUCAGCAGCCCUCUGCGCAGCCCCUUGGGCCCCUCCCCUGCCAGCUCCCCGCUGCCCCCACCCUACCCCCCUCGCCCCCACUCCUCUUGCUUGGGCCCUGCUCCGUCUGUCACCUUCACGCCCCCCCAGGGAGAGGAGCUCCUCCGGCGCUCCGCGUCCCCCACGUGCUCCCCCAGCCUCGGCACCCCAAGAGGCUGGAGCCCCGAGGCGGGCUUUGUGGGAGGGAGCCCCCAGCAGAGGGGUCUGGCCAUAGAGCUGGAGGAGAACCAGCUGUGCCAGGAGCUGCUCAAUAUUGUGCAGGGAGGAGAAGGCGCACAGGGAGGCAGGGAGAGCAGGCAGGAGGCCGUCAAAGAAUGGCAGAGUAGCCCAGGAAAGAGAGGAGACCUGAACAGGUCUAUUCAUAGCCCCCCUCCCCCAGCCUCCAUCUGCACUGCCCUUCUCUCUCAUCCUUCAGCCACACCUGUCAGAACCCCAGCUAGGCUCAGGCCUCCAGGGCCACAGCUUGUGCAGAAUGAGACUGGGUACCAUGGGCAGACCUCAAGAAGUCCAGUUAUACUGUCUGAUAUUCCAGCUAAUGUUAUGAAUGCCAACUCUUUUGCGCCCUCCCACCAUUCAUUGAGAUCAGGACCAGAGCUCACAGACUCUGAAAAGAGUUAUGUGGAAGCGGUCUGCAAUGAGAUCAUGAAUAUUGCAGAAAAGUCUGUCCAUUACUGCAGCACCCUCUCCCAUCCCCUUGACUCUAGCCGCAGACUGUCUUCUAAUCACAGUAAACAAUCUUUCAUAAUUUCUCAGCAACCCCAGGCUCAACAGCAUAGGAGCAGUCCUGAUCAGAACCGGACCAGCUGUGAAGUCUUCCAAGCCCUGUACAGUUAUGUGCCACAGAAUGAAGAUGAGCUGGAGCUCCGGGAAGGCGAUGUUGUCAAUGUCAUGGAGAAGUGUGAUGAUGGCUGGUUUGUUGGUACUUCCAGAAGAACAAAACAGUUUGGCACCUUCCCUGGGAACUAUGUGAAGCCUCUCCAUUUGUAAACAUUGCUCUUCCAAAUGGACACUAACAAUAACACAGCAUCCCCCAGCAGCCUCUUCAGUUACCAUUUGGGAAACUUUGGGACUUUUAAAAAAAAUUGAACACACCUUUCUUUGCUGUUGAGCUGGAGGUUUUGGUGAGCAUUUCAAGGUCAAGUAGAAGUGGAUGAGGCAUGUGAUUAUAUGGUAAGAGGUUCUUCUGAGAAGCAUGGCCAUUGUCUCAGUUUCAGAUUAUGUGUAGGACUAGAACGACAGGGAGUGCUGAGGAUUCACUGCCUCAACUCUUCUGCCUGGUACUCACUGUCACUUUGCUUGCUGCACCAGCCCAAUUUGUGCAAACUCUUGUUAUCUAAAAGCAACUGCCUGAUAAACCCUCAGCAGAGAAGUUUUAUAAGUCUUUGUGAAGCUGUGUGCUAUCCACUGAUCUGUGGCUCUAAGCAGAACAAUUAUUUGAAUUUCAACAAUAUGAAGAUCUCAUAUGUAAUAAUGAGCAAGAUUUGGUUUAGAGGAACUUCUUAGUGAAGGACCUUAAGAGAGUACUGGAAAAAAAAUCAAUAUAUAGUGCUUCUUGUGCUUUAUUUCACUUUGUUAUACAGAUACCUGUACACCAUAAAAUUUAAAGUCGCAUAUCAAAGUACUGAAAACUUUUCUGUUGAAAUAGCUUUUUUCCAGAUACACAUUUCUGUACAUAUCAUUGAAAGCUGUAAUUCAGAGUGUAGGAUAACUUUCCAAGGGCUUGCAACCUUUUCUUGGAGACAGUGCAGGAAUCAGCAGAUGAGGGCAUACCCACAGAAUAUAAGAAAGGCCAUUGAAGAUGGAAUUUUACAUGUUGCCCAUUUAGGUUUAAUCAGGAGGAUUUAUUUUUGUUUGAACAACCCAUCUUCCCUGAUUAAAGCUAAAGUUUAAUGGUUUUAUGAAAGGAAAAAGUUCAAUAGGAAAGGCUAUUUUCAUUAUACCACCACCAGCUUUUAACCAGUACUGCCAAGCAAAUGCUUCUACAUAACCCCGACUCUUUCUCUUACCGAAGAGAGUAAUAAAGUAUCUUUAAAUAUGAGACAACUUAAUUGUAUUUUUGAUUGAACAUGUCAUUUACCAGGCAGAUUUGCAGGAAUAAUUUAGUAUGCUAUCCUUUUCACAGAACAUCAUCUUUGCAUAAAAGAGUGAAAAAAAUACCUAUUUUUAUGCUGAUAACUUUUUUAGAGAGAAAUAUAACAAAAGUAAAUGGAUUACUAACAUACUAAAAUGCAGAAGUUACAGCUGCCCACUUCCAAACUUAAGAUGCUCAAGAUGUGGAAAGCACAGUUCUCAGUGUGUGUGGAGAGGGAAAACUACAUGGAGUAAGGUUUCCAUCAAAAUCCAAAAACUCCAAAAAUGGCCAUUCGAAUAAAGAAAUAAGUCUAAAGUCUGAGAUUUGACUCCAGAGGUUCAAAGAUAAAAAAUAUUUUUUUAAAUACAAUGUUUAAAGAUUUUAGUUUGAAGGGUGACAUUUAAAUCAAACCAUAAUUCUUGUGUGACAUGAAAUAUGCAAAUUCUGGAUUCACUCAGUUGUUCCAAACAACACGGUAACUUCCUAAAGAUAAUGAAGAACAAUUAUGAUUUUUUGUCAUACAGUAGGUAUUCCAAAAUGCCAUGUAUCCACUCUGCAGUCCUCAGUGAAUUACUGGCAAACAUGACUAAAAUGGCAUAAAUUGAAAAACAGAUCUAUGCACUAAAACAUCUUAGUUAUACUGUACAAUUUACUAGUUUUAAUUUACAAUCUACAGUUCAAGUAUGUUACCUUGACAAAUUUGAAAUUUAGUUUAUAGAACAGCUAAAUUCAGAUUGGGCACCAUAAGAAUGCUUGACAGCAUUUUAUAAAAGCUGUUUCAUCAGCAGUAGCCUAAUGUUAACUCAUGUUAAAAAUUAGAACAGGCUAGCUUUUAAAUUUUGAGCGUCUACUACAGAUUUCAGAGUGGAGCAGGGUAGUUUGUCUUUGUGACAUUUGACUUCCAGAUAUUUUUCAUCUUUUAUGUAGUAUAUUGUUCUAUUUCAAGGUUGUAGCCUUUGACGUUUCAGAUUUUAGUUGGGUUUUUUUCAAAGCCUGAUCACCAUUUCUAAAGGUUUGGGAAUUUGGCAAGAAUGUAACUUUAAAACAGCUUGACGAAAGUACAGUAUGAUUGUAAAUAUGUAUAUUUGAUUUUGUACAGAACGUGUACUUAUCCUGUAUAGAAAAUAAUUUAAUAGAGAUGGAUUUAAAAGCGAGAGGAAAAAACAAGACGGCAGUUAUGGAGCUCUUUGAUUUUACCAGUUUAUUCACCUGAAGGAUUUUAGUGAAGCACACAACACAAAAAAUGUCUAGCACAGAAAAACACAUGCACUAAAAUAGACUAAAAAAGUGUCUUGCUACCACCUUGCGGGGAUCUCCUAGCCCUCAUAUUAUGUAUGAUUUAGGAAAUUUUGUGUUUUCUUUUUUGCCUUUGUUGUUUUUAUCUAAUUUAAAAAUAUCCCCAGAAAUGUAUUACUCACCUGUAGCAGUGUAUUACAAGUUUAAAAAUACCUAAUAAAACGUUUACAGUAUGCUGACUGUAUAUAACAAGAUGCUUCUAAUACAUUUUAUUUACCAUUUUCUGUAUGCUGCGGUUCAUUCUAAAUGCUCUUUGCAGCAUUUUGUGUUUAAUUUACUUCUGAUAGUACUGCUUUAUGAUUUCACAAUAUGAAUUACAAGAAUCUAUUUACAGUGUACUGCUGUGAUUGCUAAAUUCAGUAUUAUGCAAUAUUUAAUAAACUUUAUUCAAACAUG